AUGGAUUAAGACUUAUGUUUACAUCAAGAGAAUAUUCAAUAAAAUACUGAUUAAUGUAUUGUUACAUAGUCUAAUUGAUUAGUUUAAUUAGCAGUUAAUCUAUUCAAUUAAAAAAAGUGGAUUGAAGCUGAUGAAUUGUUUACAGAUUUAGUCCAAAAAAAACAAAAUGCUCCUUAUUCUUAAUUUUAUAAAUGUAUAUUGAUUGGAAUUUAUUUAAUUAGGCUAAACUUUAAUCCAUUUAAAUCAAAUCGAUAAGCUGAUAAAUUUUGUUGAGUAAAUUCAAGCUGAAAAUCCUUACUUUUUUACAUAGGUUAUAGAGCAUUGUAAUCAAGAAUUGAAAAAUGAUUCUGAAAAUAUUAUCAUUUUAUGUAUUAAAGGUAACCCAAAUGUCAAUCAGUAAUUUAAGGUAUCGCUCUAGAUGUUUUACAUUAAUUUGAUGAAUCUGAAUCUAUCAUUAAUGAGGCAAUUAAAUUAAAUCCAUAAUUUCCUCUAAUUUAAGUUUGGAGAUGUAUUCAAUAGAUCUAAUUUAGGUCUUACUUUAAUUUCAAAGAAAAAGUAUAACGAAGUGAUAGAUAUUGGUUAACAAGCUUUAAAAGAAUAUCCAAAUUCUGUAAUACUUCAUCAUUAUGUAGGUAUAUGCUUUAAUUUAUUUUAGGGAUUUCAUUAUAAAUAUUAUCAAGAUCUGUUGAGGCUUUGGAACAUUUCGAAAUCAUUCUUUAAUUAAAUCCAAACUUUGUGCAAAUUUAUUUAUGGAAAUGUAACUAGAAUAUUUACAUUAUUUUCAGGUAUUUCUUUAGAAACAUAAAAUUAAUAUCUUAAAGCCUUAUGUUGUUAUGAUUUAGCACUUAAGCUUGAUUCAAAAAAUUCAGAAAUUAUUAAUCAAAAGAGUAAAAAAGAUUAUCAUUUAAAUUUUAAGGAAUUUCACUAUAAGGCUUAAAUAUGUAUAGGAAAGCAAUCUAAAUAUAACGUCUAGCAAUUUAGUUGGGAUAGGAAGAGAAUUUUUUCAUAACAAAAUUUAUGACUCAAGCGAAAGAAACCUUUUGA